AUGCCUCUAGCAUCGCACUCGACAUCGACAUCGACUCCUACGCCGACGCCAACAGCACCGCCAAGCUCGAAUUCGCGCAGAGUGCCGCUCGAUAAGCGCAAGCGCACAGAGACUUCGUGCGAUAAGUGCAAAUCACGCAAGCAAAAGUGCAGGAAAGAGCCUGGCCAGGACGCCUGUCGGUACUGCAUCCUGCACAACAUCGAAUGCCUAACCACGCAGCCGCGCAAGAAGCGCCUCUACGGCAGCGUCGAGGGCUUGGGAAAUCGGUUGGCGCUGCUGGAAUCGCUGGUGAAGGGCCUCCUCCCCGAAGCUGAUUUGAACGACCUGGACGAGUUGCGACAGCUCGGCAGCUCGCUCGGCAUUGCGCUGCCAGGCUCGGGGGAAGCUGAUAGCCAUGGGGAGCAGAACGGUGGCAGCGACAAGGAUGGGGAUGACCACAUGUCGUUGCUGCCAGACCAGCAGGGGCAGGUGCAGUACAUUGGACCUGCCAGCUCGUUCUCGUUUCACCUCAGGCUUCGAUCGUUAAUUGGCGCUGAGGCAUUGCGCUCCUUCGUGCUGUUUGGGAGCAACCCUGCAGAUCAGGAGCCCCUGGACGGUGGCGAUGCUCGAAGCGAUCUGCGCAGCCUCUCCACUCCCAGUGCCACGUCCAACGUCGACCACAGCUCACCUGCUGGUGCUCGCGCACUGUCCAGCGCUCAGCCGAGCGAGGUGCCCAGCCUCGAAUGUCUUGUUGGGGCCUACUUCGACCAGAUCAAUCCUGCCUUUCCCGUCCUGUACGAAGCGUCGUUCCGCGAGGCCUAUGAGGGGUGGCUGCUGGAUCCGGGGAAUGCCGACCCUGCGUGGUUGUGCAGUUUCUUGUGCGUGCUGCUCCUGUCGCGCCGCGUUGCGCGCAUCACGUUUCAGGAAGACCAGGAAAAGUUGUGGUGGAGGCGAGUCCAGCAGCUCCUGCCUGUUGUCAUGUUUACAUCCAGCGUCAUGGCGGUCCAAGCACUGCUCUUGGCCUCACUCCACCUGCACAACACGAACCAUCGCGACGCUUGCUGGAACCUCACCGGCACGGCUGUGCGUAUAGCUUUUGCCAUUGGAUUACACCAGGAUAAAGUGAACACUCUGCAGACCCCGCUAGCCCGCGAGCUGCGGAAACGUCUGUGGUGGACACUGUAUGCAUAUGAGCAGAUGCAGCUUUCUUCUUAUGACCGGCCAAGUGCCAUCGAGCAUCCAGGCAGCAAGAUCAGCUGUCUGAACGAGCGCCUCCUUGGUUCAGACUUGCACAAUCCGCCUGAGUAUAGUCAAUGGUACAAUCGUCUAGUCGUGCACCUGGGCUCUGCGUGCCGGGCACCGAAGACGGUCCGAACCAACUCUGAAGAUGAAUCCUAUGUUGGGCCCUUGUCACCUGCAGCUGGAGUGCUUCGAGACAUGGAGCGUUGGAGAGACCUGCUCCCCCAACAUCUUCGCCUGGAGGCAGUGGACUCCACUCCACCUGCAUUUCAACGGCCUAUCUUGAUGCUGCACGGCCUGUAUCAUUACACGGUCAUCGUGCUGUGCCGCUCUGCCUCGCUCACACGGGCCAAUAUACUAGCCAAGGAAGGCAAGGAUGCGACGAACAUUGCUCUCAUAGCUAUGGCGGAGUCGUGCUCAGACUCCGGCCGAGCGUUGGCUCGUGUACUGCUCAAGCUUGAGGCAAUUGGAAGAUUCGACGCAAUUACCUGGUGGGACAUUUGGUAUGCUCUAGCAUCAAGCUCAGCACUUGUGCUUGACCUAGUCUGCCUGAACAAGAUCACCGGUACAGACAUGUCUGCGUCUCGAAUCCUGCUUUCACAGCUAGCCGAUCUGGCACAGCGGCAUAAAAGAAAUCCACACAUGCCUGGCACUAUCGACAAGUUUGCCUCGAUCGUACCUGAGCUACAGUCAAUGGUGAACGCUAUGAAUAGUCCGCGAUCACCCGUCGCGACCGCACCAAGAGCCGAGAUCGCCCAAGACUCGAACCGUGAUGCAUCUCGGCCACUUCCAGCGGCACAAGAAUCCAUCGCGUACCCCUUCCACCAGCCCACGAUAAAUAGCGGUGCGUACAUGUUUGCGGAUCAUGCCCCUGGGCGAUUUUAUCCUGAACAGCAGUUUCAGGGGCCGGCGUACUCUACUGCACGAUUUGAUCGUAAUACACAAAUGAGUUUCAUGGACUUUACGAUCAAUAAUAUUCACGAUUGGAAUUGGGGUGACCUGGGGAGUUUACUGGGAAGCGAGAACGUUCCAAAUACCCAACCCCCAACAGGUUCCCUGCCACCUUCGUAG